AUGUCACUAAGAGAGGCGGACAGGGUCAAGGAAACCAGAAUGAGCAUGCUUGAUCUUGCCUUGAACGGGCCGUUUAUUAAAAGCAAGAAAUGCGAGCAGGUCAUUCUCAAUUUCUCAGGCUCAAACAGUCACGUGACCGCUUGGAGAGAAAUAUAUGCUUAUACUCGUACUCUUCAAGAUAGUUUCUUACUUCAAAAUGAAUUUGGAUAUAGGAAAGAUACAACAGAUGGCACACAAAUUGAAAACAAAAAAAAGAAACCAAAACUUGACCCUGAAUUCUUACCAGCCAAUAAACAUGCACCAACACCCUUAGAAAAACAAAGAGCUCAAGUUGCAAGAUUACUUCAGGAUCCUACUAGAGAAAUUCAAUUACCAAAACCACCUAAAGAUAAAAGUUUACGUCCUCCUAGAGAAAUGAUGAAAAACGUUCAAGGUAGUUCAGCUGGUGCCGGAUCUGGUGAAUUUCACGUUUAUAAACAAGCUAGAAGGAGGGAGUACGAACGAUUACGACAGAUGGAUGAACGUGAACUGAAGGCAUCCGAAUUAAAAGCCCAAUCUGAAUCCAAAACCAAUAAGAACCGAGCUAGACGUCAGAAACGUAAACAGGUUCGACUACAAAAGAAAGAUCCAAAAACAGAAGAUGGUACUACUGGAGCUGAAGUAUCAGAACAACGUAGUGAUGAUGAAUCAGAUGAUGAUUCAGAUAAUCAACAAAAACGUCGUAAAUUAGGUGCUGCACCAAUUGCAGAAGGAAUCACUUUCAAAUCAAAGAAUCAAGAUGAUGAAGAUGAUGACAGUGAUGGCGAUGAGACAAAGAAGAAGACGGCAUCAGAAGUUGAACCGAAUACUAUCAAUUUAGAUUUGUCGAAUCAGGAUUUAGCUGCUAUACCUGUGAUCGAACCAAAGGGUAUCACUAUCAUUGAAGAUGAAUGGUAG